AUGGGAGACACGGUAGUGGAACCUGCGCCUCUGAAGCCGACUUCUGAGCCCACUCCUGGUCCAUCGGGGAAUAACGGGGGCUCCUUGCUAAGCGUCAUCACGGAGGGGGUCGGGGAACUAUCAGUGAUUGACCCCGAAGUGGCCCAAAAGGCCUGCCAGGAGGUGCUAGAGAAGGUCAAGCUUUUGCACGGAGGCGUGGCCGUCUCUAGCAGAGGCACUCCGCUGGAGGUGGUCAAUGGGGACGGUGUGGACAGUGAGAUCCGCUGCCUGGACGAUCCUCCUGCCCAGAUACGAGAGGAGGAAGACGAGAUGGGGGUCACUGUGGCCUCGGGCACAGCCAAGGGAGCAAGAAGGCGGCGGCAGAACAACUCAGCCAAACAGUCUUGGCUGCUGAGGCUGUUUGAGUCCAAACUGUUUGACAUCUCCAUGGCCAUUUCAUACCUGUAUAACUCCAAGGAGCCUGGAGUGCAAGCCUACAUCGGCAAUCGGCUCUUCUGCUUUCGCAAUGAGGACGUGGACUUCUAUCUGCCCCAGUUGCUUAACAUGUACAUCCACAUGGAUGAGGACGUAGGCGACGCCAUCAAGCCCUACAUAGUGCACCGGUGCCGCCAGAGCAUUAACUUUUCCCUCCAGUGUGCCCUGCUGCUCGGGGCCUACUCUUCAGACAUGCACAUUUCCACUCAACGACACUCCCGUGGGACCAAGCUACGGAAGCUGAUCCUCUCGGAUGAGCUGAAGCCAGCUCACCGAAAGAGGGAGCUGCCCUCCUUGAGCCCAGCCCCCGACACAGGGCUGUCUCCCUCUAAAAGGACUCACCAGCGCUCUAAGUCAGAUGCCACCGCCAGUAUAAGUCUCAGCAGCAACCUGAAACGAACAGCCAGCAACCCCAAAGUGGAGAAUGAGGAUGAGGAGCUCUCCUCCAGCACCGAGAGUAUUGAUAACUCAUUCAGUUCCCCUGUCAGACUAGCUCCUGAGAGAGAAUUCAUCAAGUCCUUGAUGGCGAUUGGCAAGCGGUUGGCCACACUCCCCACUAAGGAGCAGAAAACACAGCGGCUGAUCUCAGAGCUCUCCCUGCUUAACCACAAGCUCCCUGCCCGAAUCUGGCUGCCCACUGCUGGCUUUGACCACCACGUGGUCCGCGUGCCCCACACUCAGGCUGUUGUCCUCAACUCCAAGGACAAGGCUCCCUACCUGAUCUAUGUGGAAGUCCUUGAAUGUGAAAACUUUGACACCACCAAUGUCCCCGCCCGGAUCCCGGAGAACCGAAUCCGGAGCACACGGUCCGUAGAGAACCUGCCCGAAUGCGGCAUCACCCAUGAGCAGCGGGCAGGCAGCUUUAGUACUGUGCCCAACUAUGACAACGAUGACGAGGCCUGGUCCGUGGACGACAUAGGCGAGCUGCAGGUGGAGCUCCCUGAAGUGCACACCAACAGCUGUGACAACAUCUCCCAGUUCUCUGUGGACAGCAUCACCAGCCAGGAGAGCAAGGAGCCUGUGUUCAUUGCAGCAGGGGACAUCCGACGGCGCCUUUCGGAGCAGCUGGCCCACACCCCCACAGCCUUCAAACGAGAUCCAGAAGACCCUUCUGCAGUUGCUCUCAAAGAGCCCUGGCAGGAGAAAGUGCGGCGGAUCAGAGAGGGCUCCCCCUAUGGCCAUCUCCCCAAUUGGCGGCUCUUGUCGGUCAUUGUCAAGUGCGGGGAUGAUCUUCGGCAGGAGCUGCUGGCCUUCCAGGUGUUGAAACAGCUGCAGUCCAUUUGGGAACAGGAGCGAGUGCCGCUGUGGAUCAAGCCAUACAAGAUUCUUGUGAUCUCGGCUGACAGUGGCAUGAUUGAGCCAGUGGUCAACGCUGUGUCCAUCCACCAGGUGAAGAAACAGUCACAGCUCUCCUUGCUCGAUUACUUCCUUCAGGAGCAUGGCAGUUACACCACUGAGGCAUUCCUCAGUGCCCAGCGCAAUUUCGUGCAAAGUUGCGCUGGCUACUGCUUGGUCUGUUACCUGCUGCAAGUCAAGGACAGACACAAUGGGAACAUCCUUUUGGACGCGGAGGGCCACAUCAUCCACAUUGACUUCGGUUUCAUCCUGUCCAGCUCUCCCCGAAACCUGGGCUUUGAGACGUCAGCCUUUAAGCUGACCACAGAGUUUGUGGACGUCAUGGGCGGCCUGGAUGGUGACAUGUUCAACUACUACAAGAUGUUGAUGCUGCAGGGGCUGAUUGCUGCUCGGAAACACAUGGACAAGGUGGUGCAGAUUGUGGAGAUCAUGCAGCAAGGUUCUCAGCUCCCUUGCUUCCACGGCUCCAGCACCAUCCGCAACCUCAAGGAGAGGUUCCACAUGAGCAUGACCGAGGAGCAACUGCAGCUGCUGGUGGAGCAGAUGGUGGACGGCAGCAUGCGGUCCAUCACCACCAAGCUCUACGAUGGCUUCCAGUACCUCACCAACGGCAUCAUGUGA